GAAGAACACUGGUUGGCUUAACUAGCAACAUAUAAUUGGUGCUCUUGCGUGUCUCAAUUUUCUUUCUUUCUUUCUCUUACUCUUCCUCUUUCUUUCUCUCUCUGUCUGUGUGUAUAUAUCUUCCAUUUCGGUUAAUACAAAAACAGUGAGUGUACUACUGUACAAGAGCCAUGGGAAGAGCUCCAUGUUGUGACAAGACUAAGGUGAAGAAAGGACCAUGGUCUCCUGAUGAAGAUCAAACUCUCAAGGACUACCUUCACAAACAUGGCACUGGUGGUAAUUGGAUUGCCUUGCCUCCCAAAGCUGGUUUGAAGCGAUGCGGGAAGAGUUGUCGACUAAGAUGGCUAAAUUACCUGAGGCCAGACAUCAAGCAUGGAGGUUUUACUGAAGAAGAAGACAACAUCAUUUGUACCCUGCACACUAAAUUGGGCAGCAGGUGGUCUGUCAUAGCUUCCCACCUACCAGGAAGAACAGACAAUGAUGUGAAGAAUCAUUGGAACACCAAAUUGAAGAAGAAGCUAUUGCCAUUGAAAACCAACAUUGCAAACACUUUCAACAACCCAAUACCUUCAAUGUCUUUGCUACCAAAAACAGAACCAUAUAGUACUACUACUAAUAAUAAUAGUUCAUUUUUGGCUCUGCUAAAUCAAAGUCCUCUAUCAAUGUCAUCACUUACCAAUCUGACUUGUGAACUAAACAACACCACCAAUAGCCAGAGCUUGACAAAUUAUCCAGUUCAUUACUACCCUCUUCCAGAACUCCCCGAACCGUUCAAAUUUGGUGCAAGUUUGAAGAGAAGUUAUGUCAAUUCAUCGUCGUCGUCUCAAGACUCUGCAAGCAGCAAUGUGGUAGAUGUUGGUUUUUUGAUGGAUUUGGGGACUAAUGGAAUUCUUCAUUGUGAGCAAGUAGGCAGUGAGGUUUGGUGUGAAGAGACAAUCAGUGAAAUUGGAACCUCCUAUGCUGAUUUGGUCGAGUCUUGUUGCUAUGCAGACACUAAACCACCACCAGGACUAGUGUAUCAAUGUGAUCAAAGUGUGACUAACAACACUAACAUUAACCAGUAUUGAAAUAGUGGUCUGGGCUUGGGCUUUAGAGAUGGCUUACUAGGUAAGAAAUUGACAUUUAUAUGGUUUUGUUAAUUGAUAUAGGAACUUCCUUUACAAAUAUAUUUACGUAAAUGAAAUUUCAUUCUAGUCAAAUGAAAGUAGGGUGUGGACAGUUUAGACUUUA